CCAUUCCCGGCGGGCGCCACUCUACAGAUUAUCCAAUGAGCUCUAAGUAAAAAGCAUCGCGAGUCUUUGGUGAGAUUUGGCGCUAUAAGCCCGUGGAAACGGGCCUUAGAGACCCUUUUCACAAGAUGGCGCCGAAAGCGAAGAAGGAAGCUCCUGCCCCUCCCAAAGCCGAAGCCAAAGCAAAGGCUUUGAAGGCCAAGAAGGCAGUGCUAAAAGGCGUCCACAGCCACAAAAAAAAGAAGAUCCGUACAUCACCCACCUUCCGGCGGCCAAAGACACUGAGGCUCCGGAGGCAGCCCAAAUAUCCUCGGAAGAGCGCCCCCAGGAGAAACAAGCUUGAUCACUAUGCCAUCAUCAAGUUCCCCUUGACCACUGAGUCUGCCAUGAAGAAGAUAGAAGACAACAACACACUUGUGUUCAUUGUGGAUGUCAAAGCCAAUAAGCACCAGAUCAAACAGGCUGUGAAGAAGCUCUAUGACAUUGAUGUGGCCAAAGUCAAUACCCUGAUCAGGCCUGAUGGAGAGAAGAAGGCAUACGUUCGACUGGCUCCCGAUUACGAUGCUUUGGACGUUGCCAACAAAAUUGGGAUCAUCUAAACCGAGUCCAACUGGCCAAUUCGCCAAUUCUGAAUAUAUUAUCUUUUCACCUUA